CUACGACUGUCAACAAGAAAGAGAGGAAAUGAAUGAGGAGAUCCAUUGCGAUAUUGCGAUUAUUGGUGGAAUAUUAUUCUAAAAUUCGUAGCCGCUGGAAAUUGUGUUUGAACAAUUUGUGUUUUGUGUGAAAGUUGUGUUAAUAAAUGACAUAAAAAUAAUCAGUUUACAUGUUUAUUUUCGCUUUUACUGAUCAAAAUGUGGGACUCGCCAUACCUGACUUGUUUGUUUCUGUAUAUAUUUUCGUUUCAAAUAAUUGUCACUAAUUCACGCACUUCUAAUAUUUGGAAAUUGAAUGCGGAAGGUGACCAGAUCGUGGACGGUAGUACGCUGUCGCAGGAUGAAUCUGAUAAAUCUCGCAUGAAUGAAGAAGACCCGAUCUUCAACAUAGUAACAUCGACAGUGUAUUAUGGGAACACAUGGACUAAACAUGGCUUUGACAUGUUUUGUACAGAUUGCCAAAUAUAUGAACAACAGAGGGCUGGUGUAGAAAAUAGUGAUGAGACAACACCAGCUGAAGUGAAUGGUGAUGCGGACGAUGAGUACUUAGAUUGUGGUAAAGCGGUCAACUUUACAUAUUAUGAUAACCUGGUUGGAGUGGCCAGGCGACAUAGACAUCCCAAUGUACCUGAACCACAGGUGUCUCUUAUAUUCCCAAAGAAGAAAUCAAACGGUUUAUCACCGUCGGAAAUAAAUGGUUUCGAGAAACGUCUAAAAAAAGCAAAGAGAGAGAAACCAAAGUCUGUGCAGUUGUACAACCAGAUUGGAAACUUCUGGAGGAUCAAGGGCGACACGAGACAGUCCAUCGAGUGCUUCAGACGUGCACUCGCCGUCUCACCAUAUAACGCAGAAGUCCUGCUAAACCUUGCAAGGGUACUAUUCACCCUUCAAUACUUGGACGACGCGAUCUACCUAACGCGACGUUCGUUAGAAGUCCAGCCGCCAGAUCGUAGCGCGUGGCAACAGUAUUUCACGCUCGGCGAAAUAUUCAAGGCAUAUGGACAUUAUCAGGAAGCGGCAAUGCACCUGAGACACGCUCUCGACUUGAAACCGGAUUAUGAACCCGCUAUGGCCGCAUUGAAAGACAUCGAGAACACUCCAGAAGCGUCAGUGCAUGUCUAUACACUCCUUAUUAUUGUGUGUUUGGUGAUGGGAGUAUUACUGGUGAUAUUAUCGUCAGUGGACAGUGGUGGUGAUGUAGAAGAGCACAAGACUCAACGACAUUUCAACCGAGCUAUGGCGAUGCGGUCCCUUCGCGGCGUGGCCCUACCUGGCUCCCGUGGACGCAAGAAAGGCGGAUCCUAAAGCCCAUCUCUAGCGAUAAAAAGCCUGAGUUUAUAGUCUCUGGUCGUGUUCCUAAAUUGAUUUGUUAUGUGUAUAGGUAUGUCCAGUCAUAAUAUUGUGGCUUUUUUGAAUAAUUAUUGCCAUUGAAUGUUGAACUGAUAUUUUUAUUUCAGUUUAUUACCCACAUUGGAUUUAUACAUUUCAAUUUAAUCAUCAUACUGAUAUCGUUACUCCAUUUUAAUCUAUUAAUAUAUUUAAAUGACCCAUUAGAUGGCCCAUAGUAAUAUGACUGGAUAAAAAAGUCAAAAGAACAUAAUCUAUGUUCAAUACUUUCGUGUUCAAAGUUUUUUUUAAUAAUAUGAGUAUAAUUGUCUGUCUAUCAGCUAAUGCUGAGUUAGAAAUGGAGAUGAAAAGCAGACAUUGCCAACAAUAAGAAAACUGAAAUUACAAUUUAUUUAGUUCUUAAGUUAUUUCGCUCUUAUGAAAAAGGUCCGUAGGGCAAUAUUUUUUUACGCCUAGCACCGGACCUUGUCUUUUUAUUUUCUAUUUUUGUUUGUUGAAAGGAGAUUGUAAACUCAGGAUGUAUGAACAACUGUCAUUACAAACAUUUAAGGCUUGAUAAAAAAAUUACGAGUGAUGUUGUAUAACUACAAUGUUUUAUUAUAAUCGCUAUUGACCCGUGGGAAAUCGAUUAAACCAUGUCAUGGUACUGUUCUGUUAAAUUAUUUUCGUUCGUUACAUUUAGUCUAAAAAA